AUGCAAAAGGCUGUGGUUGUGUCACAACAGGGUCCGGAUGCCACAGUCAAUAUCGUGGAUAUAACCAUUCCUGAGCCUGGAAUUGACGAUGUUCUUAUCCGACUAUCUCACUCUGGCGUCUGUCAUGGCGACGUGUCCCUAAUCUACGGAGACUGGCAGAAUAUUGGCCUUCACUUCCAAGAAACAAUGGUCCAUGGACACGAGGGAGUAGGUGUCAUUACAGAAGUCGGCACCAACGUGAAAAACUUCCAGCCAGGCGACCGAGUUGGCAUAAAAUGGAUUCAUAGCACGUGUGGUUUUUGCAAGUACUGCUUGUCAGGGAAUGAUCACUAUUGCCCGAAGCAGCAGCAUUUUGGACGGCACCAUCCGGGCUCAUUUCAACAGUAUGUUGUCUCUCCUGCGAGGUAUACCUCCCCUAUCCCGCCAGAAGUCUCCGAUGUGGAAGCAGGCCCAAUGUUGUGCGGUGGUGUCACCAUCUUACUCCGGAUCGGAAUUCCAAAUCAGACCUCGAAGUUAUCGCCUGGGCAAUGGGUAGUGAUUUUCGGCGCCGGAGGUGGAUUAGGUCACUUGGGAGUUCAAUUUGCCAAGGCCAUGGGGAUGCGUGUUGUCGGUAUCGAUGGAGGCCAAGACAAGAAAGCACUGUGUCUUUCACUAGGAGUUGAUGUUUUCGUCGAUUUCCUCGAUGUAAAGGAUGUGGUGCGUGCCGUCUCUGACCUCACCGAUUCCGGCGUAGCUGGAGUUAUUGUUACCGCAGCGAGCCGUUCCGCAUAUGAGCAGGGAGCACGAAUGCUUGGUAUCGGGGGAACGCUGGUUUGUGUUGGCCUGCCGCAUGAACCAUUCGACAUCCCCGUCCAACCCUUUCAAUUCAUCCAAACCGGAUGUGUGGUGACAGGGACCAAUGCGGGUUCCCUUCAAGAUGUCCAGGAGGCUUUGGCCUUUGCAGCGCGGAAGCAGGUACGGGUUGAAGUACAAUGCUUUCCGAUGGAGCAGGCGGAAGCUGUCUUUCAGAAUGUGAAAGCCAAUCGGUAUAAGGGGAGAGCUGUCCUCAAAUUGGAAUAA